ACCUUCACUCAACCUUAUUUCUCCAUUCUAUCUCUGGAACUUCCCGUUACUACUUACUACACACUCAGUCCACUUUCCACUCCAUUGCCACCGCAAUCAUGCACUUCUUCAGCAUCAUCUGCAGUCUUGUCUUCUUGCAGGGCGCCAUGGCGUCUCCUGCUGCGGGCCCAGAGCCAGCACCGGAGGUUCUUCAACCUCGAUCCGUGGAGCGCAGAAUGCCAACUGCCAUGGACAUUCCGUUCCCUCGGUUCCCUUCCCGGAACCACAAUUACAAUCCCUAUGGCGGAAAAGGAGGAGGCAAGGGAGGGAACAAAGGAGGAGACAAAGGCAAAGACUGCGCGCCGACCACACAGACAAACGCAUGCAGUGCGGGAAAUCCUUACUGCUGUUCCAGCGACGGCAAGGGUGGUCAGGUUUGCCAGAACACCACUGCGUGCCAGCAGACUGUCAUUUGCUGCAACAACAACAAUGGCUUCCAAAUCUGCAUUGGAGACAUGGACUUCAACCAGCCCAUCACCAUCAACAUCUACAAUGACUAAUAUGUCAUGCCAUCCAACCGAUCUCCAGGUUCGGUCAAUUUCGGACUAUACAGUAGCAUGAUGGAGGGUAUGAUACCGUGGGGUCGGGGAUAGUUGGCGGAUUCGCUUUGGAGGGG